AAUUUUAUAGUCACAAAUUAAUCUUCUAUUUAAGGGAAUGUAUUACCACCUUAAUUAUGAGUAGAAACAAUAUUAGAGACCAUAGACAUGGCUUUAAUUGGGAAAGUGGAGACUGAAGUAGAGAUUCAAGCACCUGCUUCUAAGUUCUAUAAUUUUUAUAGAAAGCAACUUGAACAUCUUCCUAAUAUAUCCACACACAUACAUGGUGCUAGAGUGCAUGAAGGUGACUGGGAAACUGUUGGUUCUGUCAAACACUAUGAAUAUACAAUAGAUGGAAAAAAAAUAAGUGCUACCAUAAUAAUUGAGAGUAUUGAUGAUGACAAUAAGGUAAUCACAUAUAGCAUAAUUGAUAAGGAAGUGACUGGGGAUUACAAGAGUUUAAAGGGAAUAAUACAAGUGAUUGAUAAAGAACAUGGUGGUGGUGGGAUUGUAAAAUGGGCUUUUGAGUAUGAGAAGCUAAAGGAGGACAUUACAGGUGUAUCUCCAGAAUCAUACUUGGACCUUGCUGUAAAGGUAGCAAAAGAAAUUGAUGCUCAUCUUGUCAAGGAAUAGCAACAAAGAUGAAGAUAGUGUGAUUGACGAGUGCUAUAUAUUGUCUAUAAAAUAAACGUUUUUUUUUUUGCUUUCUAAUAAACGCUUUGUUGUAAUAGAUAAAUGCAACCGAAUGAAAUGUUUCGUGUGUAUAAGUAAAUGGCUAAUGAAUGCUUGUAAAAUGUUUGAUUUAAAUAAAAAUAUUAAUGCGUUGUUUAUAAUGAUUUUUGGUU